AUGAUUAGAUUAACUAAAUCAAGAAUCACUAUCAAUGGAAUUCGUCGUUUGACAAAUACAGCUGUCAGAUUCAAUCCCAAAAAGAUUGAUUCCCCUCCACCAAUUCCUGAAAUUAAGAAUGGAAAUUUUGUAAUUGCAACUCCACCAAGUAUAAAUCCAGUCCCAAUUGAAAAUGAAAUACCUCCUCCUCCUCCACCACCAAGUCCCAAGAAGAAGAAGUUUUCAUUUAGUGGGUUUUUAUUUAAAACUUCAUUACUUGCAAUAGUGCUUUAUGGAGGAACCAUGUAUUUGGCAACAAAAAAUAAUAAGGUAUUGGAUUUUGUUCUUGAUAAUGAUUUACCAUAUAAUGAACAAUUAAUCGAUUUUUUCGAAAAUCUUUCGAAAGAAGAUUUUGAGGAACUUUGGUAUAAUAUUCAAAACAAAUUCACUGAUGUUAAAUUACCUACUAAAUCUGAAAUUGGUGAAUUAACAACAAAACUAGAACAUAGAAGUGAAGAUUUCCUUAAAGAAACUAAAAAGAAAUUAUCAAGUAAAAAAGAUGUCAGAAAAGGUACUGAUUUGACACCUGUAGAACAAUUGCAAAAGCCAGUUGAAGUCGAGAGUUUAACUAGAGAUGUUCUUCGUUUACCAUUAAUAGAACUUGAUGCUGAAGUUGCUAAUUCUGUUGAUUCUUCAGUAAAACAAAUUAUUUCAUCUUUUAAUAAUUUUGUACAAUCAAUUGAUGCAAAUACUUUAGAAGGUUCCAAUUCAAAUUUGAUUAAAGCUAUCGACACUAGUGUGAAUCAAUUGGCAUCCAAAUUAACUAAUUUAACAACAAAUUUCGACAACGAGUUACAGAAUAAAUUGAAAGUGUCACAAACUGAGUUAGUCAGUUCUUUUACCAAAAAGGAGUUAGAGUUGACUGAAAACUUGAUUUAUCAAUUCAAUCAAGAGAAAGCACAAUUAGAGAAAAAAUUAAACAAAAGAUUAGAACAAGAAGUGAAAGCUGCAAGACAAGCCAUUAGUCAAGCUGCAACUAAUGCAGUUUCGAUGGUUAGAAUUGAACAAACUAAAAAUUUUGAAAAAUUAGUAACAGAAAAACUUAACGAAGAAAGAGAAGGUAGAUUGGCAAAUUUGGAUAAACUUAAUGAUAAAAUCAAUGAUUUGGAAAAAUUUGCAGAAAGUUUCGAAAAACAAAUCGUUAAUACUCAUAAGAAAACAUUGAUACAGCAGUCAAUCAAUAAAUUGAAAUCAUUAUUAUUGUUCUCCCAACCUGAAAAUUCAACGCCAAAAAGCAUAGGUCCUUAUGUUGAUAUUUUGGGUCAAAUUUCAACUGAUGAUGAAGUUUUAAAUUUAGCUUUAAAAGAUUUGAUUCCUUUGAUUUCAAAUGAAUCCACUCACUCGAUUUUAAGUAAUUCACAAUUAUUAACUCGUUGGGAACAAUUAGCACCAGAAUUAAGAUCAAGCUCAUUGUUACCACCUAAUGCUGGGUUAUUGGGUCAUUUGUCAUCACUUAUAUUUUCAAAGCUUUUAGUACCGGUUAAAGGUGUUAAAGAAGAUGGUAAGGAUAUUGAAUCUGUUAUUGGACGAGUUGAAUACAGUUUAGCCAGGGGUCAGUUAGAUGUUGCCGUGGAAGAAGCUACAAACUUGAAAGGAUGGAGUAGAAGAUUGGCUAAUGAUUGGGUCAUAGAAGGUAGAAAAAGACUUGAAAUUGAAUUUCUACUUGGUUUGAUCGAAUCUGAAGCAAAAUUGCUUUAG